AUGUGCGUGAUUUUUCUGAGAGAUUAUGAUGCCCCCCUUAUCUUCAUCUUCUUUACCAUGUCCCACAGAGAAUCCCAAGAAGGGCUAUUGGAACUUGAGGAUUUCCAAAACGGCCCAAAAUGUCCUCCUUACUCCGAAGAGGAACCUUUGAUGCCCAUCGAAGUAACAUUCGAGAUCUGUGACGAAGAAAAGUACAGCUCGGCUCCAACAUCUACCCGUUUUGCCUUCAACGAGAAUUCAACUGUGGAAGAAGUUGCUGAAAAGGCAUUCCAAAAGGCUUUUGGCUGUGUUCCGGCAAAAAUCGAUCUGUCCAUUGGAAAAAAAGACGGACCCGCUCUUCAAAGAACGGUGAUUGCCGAUAAGGAAAUUAAAAUCAAGCACCUCUUUAAAGAGGAUGACAUCUUGGUCCUUUCUGAUAAUUUCAACGGCUUCAUGAAAAAUGAGGAGAGAAAAGCCUUUAUUUGUGUCGGUGUCAUGUUUGUAUUCUUGGGUGUCAUCAUAUAUGGGUUUUACCGUCUGGUCGUGUCAUAA